CAUAUUCGUGUUUUUCCUGUCCUUUUUUUGUGCGGCUGCUCGGUCGGGGUUUAAUUAUAUUUCCAAGUCGAGAAUAGAUCAUGGCAUCUUCGUCGUCGUCGCCGUCGUCGUCGGUGCCGACGACAUCGGUCUCGUCACCGUGUGCGGCGUGCAAGUUCUUGCGGCGGAAAUGCCAGCCGGAGUGCGUUUUCGCGCCGUACUUUCCGCCGGACCAGCCGCAGAAGUUCGUGCACGUGCACCGAGUGUUCGGCGCCAGCAACGUGACCAAGUUGCUGAACGAGCUGGACCCGUACCAGCGUGAGGACGCCGUGAACUCCCUCGCCUACGAGGCCGACAUGCGCCUGCGCGACCCCGUCUACGGCUGCGUCAAGGUCAUCACUACGCUCCAGCACCAGCUCCGCCAGCUCCAGAUCGAUCUCUCCUGCGCCAAGUUCGAGCUCUCCAAGUACCAGUCCGGCGCUUCUUCUCAGUCGCCCACCUUCCCCACCCCUGCUGCCCUCCUCAACCUCAGCAGCAGCCACCACAACAGCGUGACGGGUUUCGGAUUCUGGCAGGACCCGCUCACGAUCAGGGACGUCCGCAAUUGCAUUAGCCACUGGACGACGUUGAGAUCGAGUCCGAACGACGCAGAUCUGGCAGCGGCCGUGAACGCCACCACAACAGCAACCAUCGGCCUCUUCGGCGCGCAGUACUCGAAGCCCAGCGCUGCAGGCGGCCACCAGCGCUCCGGCAUCGGUCCUAUCUAGAGCUCCAUGCAUCUUGGCUGCAGAUUAAACACUCGGAGAGCACAGGUCUGCUGAAGAUGAAGAAGAAAGUGACAUAGAUAAUCAUUCAUAUCUCGACGAUCCUGGCUUUUCACAUUCAGCUGGUCCAAUUACAAAGAACGCAAUUGUCUUUAUUAGUUACACCUACCGCUUCAUUUGAUAAAUGUUUAAUUUGGUCCGUGACCUAUCAUCUGUGUGCUCCCUGUUCUUAUAUGUUAACCAGCAAUUCUAGUCUUUAAAUUAAUUUCA